UGCAGCGUAACCGUGUGAAGAAGAGGAGGGAAAUAAAAAGGCAAACAAGGCAAGGGGGAGAGAGAGAGAGAGAGCAACUCUACUAGUGAGAGAGUAGGAGAGAGAUUGAAUUGAGUCGAUUCGAGUGAGUUGGGUCCCGAGUCAAAGUGACCGAAUCAACAAAAUCUUAAAAUCACACCUUAACAAAAACAAAAAAUAAAACACAGCGGAGUGUGGGUUUGGGUUAGGGCGUGGCACUAGAAAAAAAAUGGAGAACAAGAAGAUAAUUAGUGAUCUUUCCUUUACCUCUCUCAUUCCCAUCAUUGUUACCUAUUCUUCUCUAACCCUGACUCUUAUCUCUAACCCCACUUUUUUCACAUUAACAAAAACUCCCCUCUUUUUUUACAUACCCACCAAACCUAUACCACUCAAUUCUUCUCCCUUUCUCUCUACUUUUCUUCUUUGCCUCUUGUUUCCGUCUCGACCCAGAGUUUCCGUCUCGUUGUCAAGUUUUUUCUUGUUUCUUGACCGAGGGAGAAGCAUUUUCAAACUUUCUACAUUGCAUACUUUCUGCGGUAUUUUUUGGUUACAUGAUCUGAGAAGUAGUGGCAGCACUGUAUCUGGCAGAUAACAAUUUUUGGUUCAUGGAAGAGUUGGGGGGCCAUUGUUUUAAUGGUAUUAAUAAUGCUAUCAAGAAGAAGAGAAGUCAAACUUCUCGCCGACCACGACCUGAUUCCCAAUCUUUUGUUGAAAGUCGUGAUUCAACGCCACCUUCAGAUGAUAUGAGCAAGAUCUCUAGUGAUGAGAAUGUUGGGUGUGGUAAUAAAUCUAAGCGGAAAGAGUUCAAUCUCAAUCAAUCUGUUUCUGGGUUUUCUUCUGGUAGUGGAUUUGAAGGUGAGAAACCCCAAAAAAAAGCUAAGAGGGAGGAUGGAGGAUUUAACAUUUUCUACAAUAGUGAACUGGGGCGAAGUGGUCAUAACAACAAACGUGCUAGUGAAGGUGUCCUUGCCCCUGCUAACUGGAGAAGGAAUGGUGAAAGCCAGAGUCCAGGGCAGUUGGGGGGAGUGAAUUGUGAUGGUUUAGGAAAUGAGAGUAAGGUGAAAAAGGUUAAGCUCAAGGUUGGCGGUGUUACACGCACUAUACAGGCCAACUCCACAGCCAAUGGUGUGGCAGGGGGUGGGUCUUCUAAGAAUUCCCAGUCCCCAGAUGACUCCAGACCAAGGCAGAAGCAGAAUCUUCAGAGGCAUAGGACGAACCCCAGGAGGAAAAUUGAAAAGGCCAUGAGAGGUAGCCCCUAUCCAUUCGUCAUGGCUUUUCUAUUGCGAUCCCAUGAAAACUUUGAGGACUAUCUUAGUGGUAUCAGUGAAGAGAUGUUGAGAGCUACUUUACGUCAUGGAGUAAGCUGUUUCAGAGCUAUUCAAAGGUGGAUAUGA